UCUCUUCCUCUCUCUUUCUGCUUUCUUGAUUCUGCUUUAUUUCCAAGGAUUUGGAUUUCAAACUUGCAUUGGCCUCACUGUACACUUGCCGUCUUGUCCUUGGCACUGCCGUUUCUGGGGGUUAACUUUGAUGAUCCAGGGAGAAAGAUGGUGAUCCAAACUGCCGAAUUUUCUGUGGGAGGAUCUGAUGUGAGUUCUGCGACCACUGGGUGGGCUGAUCAGUUGUGUUAUCAUGCCGGAAAUCGGGUUUUCAAGAGUGGACCACUCUUUAUAUCAUCCAAAGGAAUAGGAUGGGCAUCUUGGAAGAGAAGGUGGUUUAUUUUAACACGCACAUCAUUGGUCUUCUUUAGAAGAAACCCGAGCAUUGUUCCUCAGAAAGGGGGAGAGGUGAAUCUGACCCUUGGUGGCAUUGACCUUAACAAUUCAGGCAGUGUGGUUAUGAAAGCAGAUAAAAAACUAUUGACUGUGCUCUUUCCUGAUGGUGGCGAUGGACGGGCUUUCACACUCAAGGCUGAAACUUUAGAAGACCUUAAUGAGUGGAAGGAUGCACUUGAGGAUGCUUUGGCACAGGCACCUAAUGUAGCUCUUGUAAUGGGACACAAUAGCAUCUUCAGGAAUGAACCGACAGAUGGAAUUGAUGUGAGGAGUAAACAUCCAGUAAAGUCCUUGGUGGUCGGUAGGCCAAUUUUACUUGCUUUGGAAGAUGUUAACGGAGCUCCAUCUUUCUUGGAGAAAGCCCUCAGGUUUCUAGAACAAUAUGGAGUCAAAGUAGAAGGUAUCUUUCGACAAUCUGCUUCAGUAGAUGAUGUUGCACGCCGAGUUCGGGAAUAUGAGCAGGGUAAUAAUGAAUUUUCUCCAGAUGAGGACCCCCAUGUUGUUGCUGAUUGUAUCAAGCAUGUCCUGCGGGAGUUACCAUCAUCACUUGUGCCUGCAUCUUGUUGCAGUGCUCUAUUAAAAGCAUGUCGUACUGAACGUGGAGUUAGAGUGAAUGCCAUUCGUAGAGCAUUAUAUGAAACAUUUCCAGAACCAAACUGUCGAUUGUUAAAGAGAAUUCUUUUGGUGAUGCAAGCUGUGGCAUCUCACAAAUCUGAGAACCGGAUGAGUUUAUCAGCUGUGGCAGCUUGCAUGGCACCUUUAAUUCUUCGUCCCCUGGUGGCUGGCAAUUGUGAGAUUGAAAAUGGUUUUGAUUUAAGUGGUAAUGGGUCUCUUCAACUUUUGAAAGCUGCUGCUGCAGCUAACCAUGCUCAAGCUAUUGUUAUGACUUUACUAGAGGAGUAUGGCAGUAUAUUUGAGGGUAACCACUUGCAGGCGGGUUCCGUUUCUUCUGAACUUUCUGAAUCAGAAGACAGUAGCAGUGAAACUGAAGAACCAACUAAUGAUGAGAUCCUAAAAAAUGAUGAAUACCAUGAGGCAAAACAUCAGACUGAAAUGGAUGCAGAAGACAUCUCAAGGGGAAUUUGUAGCAAAAUUAGUGGCAGAAGAGAUGAUGAUGUAUUAUCUGACAGUGUGGGUUCUGAAGACUCUACUUCUGAUUAUGUCACUCCUGAAAUUAAGGGAGAUUUUGAAACCACUCAAGGUCCAUUAACUGCUCCCCAAACUUCAUAUUCUCAGCAUGGUUGCAGACAGAGUAGUCAUAAUCUGCAGGAUCAGAGUGAUACCUGUUCAGAAAUGCAUGCUUGCAUGUCAUGUGAUUCCUCAGAAGAUGUUCCAGGCGAAAUAAAUUUAGUGCCAAAUUUAACUGGUUGUGGUCCAUCUUCAUGCUUUCAAAAAUCUAAAAAUAAGUCAAACAAUCCUUUGGCAGGUGUCAAACAAUACAGUAAAUGGGGGCAUAUCCAUGCAAAAAAGAACCAUUCAUUGGAAUCAAUUGAUUAUGAAAUUGAAGAUGAGGUUGCAAUUUAUAGGCUUGAGGACAUGAAAACUGACUUGCAAAAUAGAGUUGCAGAAGAGGCAAAAGGGAAUGCAAUUCUUCAAGCAAGUCUGGAAAGAAGAAAGCAGGCUUUGCAGGAGUGCCGUUCAGCACUUGAACAAGAUGUGGCAAGGCUAAAGAAACAGUUGCAAGAAGAUAAGGGUUGGAGGGAAGCUUUGGAAGCUGGGCUGCACCUGCCAUAUGGUCACUUAACCAUCUCAACCACUACCAAUGACAGGAUGAAUGCAGAUCUUGAGGAAAUUCCUCCUGCAGAAGCAGAUUUGAAGCAGCAGGUUGAAGAUCUCCAUGUGCAUAUUCGUCAACAACUUGAAUGGAACAAUGGAUUUUUAUGUGGUUCAUGUAGUCAACAUUCACAACCUCUGCAUUAUCCUGCAACUUUGAAUGAUAAACAGAAGGAUGCUGGAGUUCCACUUACUUCCCAUCUCAAUGAAAGCUUAAUGCGAAGCAAGGACAUUAAUACAAGCAGCACAAACAUUGAGACGGUGAAGAAACAGGCAAUACAACAUCUACCAACCAAACAGCUGCUUCACAAGCAACAACUCAGUUUACCAGAUCAUGACAAAAUUAUAUCAUCCUGGCUUCCGGCUACUUCACCAGUGGAGGCAUUGAUAGAGCCUGCUGCUUCAUCCACCUCUAGAAAGUUUGCUUUAAGGAGUCAGGUGAAUCCACAACAGGAAACCAUUUCCACAUCUUUUGCACUAACUAAGCUGACAUCUCGGCUCAACUUCUUGAAGGAGAAGCGAACCCAAAUUACAAAGGAUAUCCAAAAUUUUGACAAAGGCUUAGGAUCUGAUAGCCAAUCACACCAGAAUCAAGAAAAUGUUUGAGGCGCAGCAGCCCAUUUGUGGUCAAAAGCCAGGCAAUUUCUGAAAAACCAUGAGAAAUUUCAAGGAUUGGAAGUCAAAUCUCUUGCCUAUGAAUCCACCAUCAUCUGUUCUUGGGAACCUUAUUGGGUUUGCAUCUCAUUUCCACUAAGAAGCAAGUGGUUUAUGACUGACUGGAACAUAUGUACAGUUUAUUUAUCUUAUCAAUGUUUUCUGCACUACUCAUCCAGUUUUGCAAAGUAGCCUAGCUUUGGGAGAGAAAGAGAAUUGAGGAUUUUCUGCAAUACUCUUCCAGUUUUGCAAAGUAGCCUAGCUUUGAGAGAAAGAAAAUUGAGGAUUUUAUUUAGCAUGGAGAUGCACUGAUAUCAUGUAGUCAGAUUAAAGAUGCAGUAUGUACAGGAAAUGCAAACAUAUUCCUUUUUGUUGCCACAAGAACUCGAGCAUUUUAGAUACGUUAUGAUUGAAUAAUUUUAGAAGAA